AAUUUGAAAAAAAUAAAAUAAAUAUAAAAUAAAUAAAUAAGAUAAAAUAAACAUACAAAAAAUAAUACAGUUAAUAAAACCACCUUUAUUAUAAACGCGUGUUUCUUAAUGAUAUAAAAUAGUGAACACUGUGGUUCAGAAUUUUGUUCUAUAGUAUAGGGGUAUAUAAAAUAAUUACAAUAAUAAUAAUAAUAAUAAUCAAUGCAAAAUUCCAUCGAGAAUUGGCUUUAGCUUUGGCUUUACGAAAUUAUUAAAUUAGCAGAGAGAGAGAGAGAGAGAGAGAGAGAGAGUAGUGGAGGUAGAUACAUUCCCAAAACAUUAACAGCAGAGUGUGAAGCUUUCCUUUUUCUAAUUGUUGGGUUUACCUGUAGGUCUCUGCUUCAGUGACAAAUGAACACCUCAGCUAAUAUAACAGAAUCAGAGAAUUUUUGGUCCAGAACUGAGAAGUCUGUGCUCGCUCCCAUCCUCACAACUGAGAUGGUACUGGGUGUUUUAGGAAAUGGAUUGGUUUUGAUAGUCAAAGUUGUGUGUAAAGACCAUUUUCGGUGCCUUUACUGGCUGCCACUUUUCAGUCUCACGCUCUCAGAUUUCCUCUGCUCCAUCCUCAUAAUCUGUGCCUCCCUCUUAGCCGUGCUGAGUGAAGGUCAGAUUUCACCGUGGUGUGAGGUGGUGAGCCUGCUAAAGUUCACCUUCAUCACCUCUUCCAUUGGAAGCAUAGCAAUUCUCUGUGUUCAGAGAUAUAUGGGAAUUCCUUCCAAAGGCAAAAAGCUGUCUGUUCUCAUGGCGGUGGCAUGUGUAGCAUCAUGGUGCACUGGAGCUAUAUUUGGAGCAGUACCAGUAGUCUAUGACUGGAUAAAGUAUGAUCCAGCAGAAAUGCUGUGUGCAGUUUUCUGGGAAAGCAGUUACUCUGACAUGCUGGUUUACAUCCUCUGUGCCUUCUCCAUCUCCAUCUUCAUCCCAUUUCUCCUCAUACUCUCCUGCUCCAUCCUGACUUGUGCUGGCUAUGGGAAAGACUGUUCCAGCCAGGGUGACCUGUCCUCUAUCACGCCGCUGCUGGUGAUCUUGUAUCUGCUCUGCUAUGCUCCAUUUGCUGCAUCUGAGUUGGUUCUCCUUGGAAGGCUUGAUUUGUCCCCAUCCCCUGAAUGGCUGCGAUCACUAUCAUCAGUAAUGGCGUAUCUGAACUGUGAUUUAAACCCCUUUAUCUACUGCACAAAUAAAGACUUCCGAAAAGCAGUACUCAUACUGUUUUGGAACAAAAGGAGAUCAGCUUUUCCCGAUCCAGUGCUGACAGGCAUAACAAGGCUUGAAAUAUGAAGAUUUACAAGCAAUACGAUUUUUUUUCCCCUGUGCAACACAGUUUGUAAUGCAACUCAUCAGGAUUUUAAUGGGAAGAAAUGACACUCAUGACUAGAUGCGUGCUGAGAUCGGUAAAUGCAAACAUGGAGCUAAUAAUAAAUGAUAAAGAUGUUUUUGCUCAAAGUUUUGUUUUAAUGCGUCAAGUUAAGGCAUAUAAGCCAGGCAG